AUGAAAUUUAUCGGUUUACUCGUAUUGUUUAUCACUGUUGAGAGUUUUGCUGCAAACGACUCCUGCAAUUUAUCUAAAUCACUCACUGAUUUUUUGAGUAAUUAUGAAACGUUGAAGUCAAACGUUGAAAAUUUAAAUAAAAAAGUGAAUAGACAACCGUAUGUUUGUAUGGGUAAUUCUCCAUUUACAAAAUGGGCUCGAUAUGAACCAAAUGGUAUACAAAUGAACAUCGAUACAAGCAAAUGUCAUUUUUCAAAAACACCAGCAUAUUUUACAAGUUUAGGCGGAAUGGGUAGUCAUUAUGGAAUAAUUGGAACAACUUCAAUAUAUUUUGCAACAUCAACAAAAUUUCAAAUCUUUUUACGUGAUUAUUGGAAUGCUACAUCGGGAACUUUAAUGAAAGUUACCGCUGACAAUCAUUGGAAUGUAAAUUGGAUCGGUGUGGAGGAAAAUAAUUAA